CUUCAACAACCAAGCAGGAAUUAUUCAUCCUCUCAACCAACUAACCAACCAAGGAGGAAACGUGGGAAAACCUUAAUCAGAAAAAAAAGCAGAGAUUAAGAAUUAAAGUUGAAAAGAAACGUGAUUUCAACAAUUCCAUAGACUCAACCCCUCAGGUUCAAAGACAUGUCGAAGGAAACAGCUGUGGGUAUCGACCUAGGAACCACCUACUCCUGUGUGGCCGUGUUCCAGCAUGGGAAAGUGGAAAUCAUCGCCAACGACCAAGGAAACCGGACCACACCCAGUUAUGUGGCCUUCACUGAGACAGAAAGGCUAAUUGGAGAUGCAGCCAAGAACCAGGUGGCCCUUAACCCUAACAACACUGUGUUUGAUGCCAAGCGUCUCAUUGGCCGCCGCUUUGAUGACAGCGUAGUUCAGUCCGACAUGAAACACUGGCCGUUUUCUGUCAUCAGCGAUAAUUCUCGACCUAAAGUCCAAGUGCAGUACAAAGGUGAGGCCAAGACCUUUUACCCUGAGGAGAUCUCCUCCAUGGUCCUCGUGAAGAUGAAAGACAUUGCUGAAUCUUUUCUGGGAAAGAGUGUGUCAAACGCCGUGGUAACUGUUCCCGCCUACUUUAAUGACUCGCAGCGUCAGGCCACCAAAGACGCCGGCGUGAUUGCCGGACUCAACGUGCUUCGUAUCAUCAACGAGCCGACUGCUGCUGCCAUCGCCUACGGUCUGGACAAAAAGGUGGGUCAUGAGAGAAACGUCCUCAUAUUUGAUCUUGGUGGUGGAACCUUUGACGUCUCCAUUCUGACCAUAGACGAUGGGAUCUUUGAGGUGAAGUCCACAGCAGGGGACACCCACCUUGGUGGGGAGGACUUUGACAACCGGAUGGUGAACCACUUCAUCUCUGAGUUCAGACGUAAACUUAACAAGGACAUCAGUGACAGUAAGAGGGCAGUGCGACGUCUGCGUACAGCCUGUGAACGAGCCAAACGGACGCUGUCCUCCAGCACGCAGGCCGGCAUCGAGAUUGACUCGCUCUGCGACGGUGUGGACUUCUACACCUCCAUCACCAGAGCACGCUUCGAGGAGCUCAAUGCAGACCUGUUUCGAGGAACCCUGGAGCCUGUGGAGAAGUCUCUUCGAGAUGCCAAGAUGGACAAGGCUCAGAUCCAUGACAUUGUACUGGUCGGAGGCUCCACCCGAAUUCCCAAAAUCCAGAAGCUUUUGCAGGAUUUUUUCAAUGGAAAGGAACUUAACAAGAGCAUCAACCCUGAUGAGGCAGUGGCUUAUGGUGCAGCUGUCCAGGCAGCCAUCCUCACCGGUGACCAGUCGGAGAAUGUGCAGGACCUGCUGCUGCUGGACGUGGCCCCACUGUCACUGGGAAUUGAGACAGCAGGAGAAGUCAUGACCGUCAUCAUCAAAAGGAACACCACCAUCCCCACCAAGCAGACCCAGACCUUCACCACAUACUCUGACAACCAGAAUGGAGUUCUCAUCCAGGUGUUUGAAGGAGAACGAGCCAUGACCAAACACAACAACCUUCUCGGUAAAUUUGACUUGACUGGAAUCCCACCUGCUCCCAGAGGAGUUCCCCAGAUCGAGGUGACCUUUGACAUUGAUGCCAAUGGCAUAAUGAACGUGUCUGCAGUGGACAAGAGCACAGGGAAGGAGAACAAGAUCACCAUCACCAACGACAAAGGUCGUCUGAGUAAAGAGGACAUUGAGCGUAUGGUCCAGGAAGCCGAGAAGUACAGGACAGAUGACGAUGUUCAGAGAGAGAGAGUGUCCUCCAAGAACCGUCUGGAGGCCUACGCCUUCAACAUCAAAUCCACCCUGGAGGACAAGAACAUGAAGGGGAAGAUUAGUGAUGAGGACAAGGAGAAGAUGCUGGACAAGUGUAAGGAGGUCAUCAGCUGGCUGGAUAGAAACCAGUCUGCAGAAAAAGAGGAGUUUGAGCACCAGCAGAGGGAGCUGGAGAAACUCUGUAACCCUCUCAUGACCAAGCUGGGAGCAGGCGGAAUGCCAUCUGAUUUCCCUGGGCCUAGAGGCGAUGGUUCUGGUCCCACAGUGGAGGAGGUUGACUGAGCCACGUUUUUAAGGUUUCACUCUGUUCUUACUAGAAAUGAUUGGUAGAGAUUACAGCAGUUGUACCAGUUCACAGACGUUUUUAAAAAAUGACUUGGGUUAAAUCCAAAAUUGUCCAAUUAGAACCUUUAUCCCAGGUGCACUAUACAAUGACAUUUGUAGGUAAACUCUUCAUCAACAGAUAAUGACAAACAGUGUAGCCAAAGGUAAAAAAAAAAACCUUUUCUUUAAGUUUUUGAUCUGUGAGGAUGUGAAAUGUUCAAAUAGUAUCUAAAUAAAAUGAUCAAAGAAUAAACAGUAAGUCAUGUUUGUCAUCUGUCAAUCUGGAUCCUUGAUUAAGAACGUUUUAAAUAAAACUCUG